AAGGAGAUCAUUUGGUCAUCAAAUGUUUCGCAUCCUGUGGCGAAUUCGAGUGCCCAGCUCUGGAUACGGGGAACCUUGUCUUACGAGAUAACUCUAGUGGAAGGAUCAUAUGGGAGAGUUUUCAACAUCCUUCAGACUCAUUCUUACAGAAGAUGCGACUUGGUACUGAUGCAAAAACAGGUGAGAGGACUCUGUUGACAUCAUGGAAAAGUCCCUCGGAUCCAUCCACUGGAACUUUCUUUGCUGGAGUUGAUCCUUUAAUCAUCCCGCAGUUUUUUGUAUGGAAUGAUAGUCAUCCACACUGGCGUAGUGGUCCUUGGAAUGGUCAGGUUUUUAUAGGAAUUCCAAUAAUGCAUAAAUUAUAUGGCAAUGGAAUUAAUCUUGUUGAUGACAAUAAAGGAACUGUUGAUCUAACUUUCAGCUCUGCCAAUGAGUUCAUUGUAUUAUACCUCCAGUUGAAUUCUGAAGCAUCUCUAACGCAGAAGCAUCGAUUUGUUGGGAAAGAAGACUGGAACGUGUCGUGGUGGGCGCCAAAAAAUGAGUGUGAUGUUUAUGGCAAGUGUGGACCAUUUGGAAGCUGUAAUUCAGUGGAGUCACCAAUUUGUACCUGUUUAAGGGGAUUUAAGCCAAAGCAUAUGGAUGAAUGGAGUCGAGGAAAUUGGUCUAGUGGAUGCAAAAGGAAGACACCAUUGCAAUGUUACUCUAGAAUUGGGUGUAUGCAAUGGAGUGGAAGUCUAAUUGACAUCCAAAAAUUCUCGGAUGGUGGGGCGGAUCUUUACAUUCGAGUGGCAUAUUCAGAGCUUGGUAAUAUGUUUCGUCACCGGAGGAAGCAGAAAAGUAAGCAAUUAUUAUUUAGAAGGGCGGAACUGUAUCCGGAGUAUUCUACUGAAAGUGUGCUGCAUGAGAAUACCCACCAACCUAAUCUUGAGGAACUGUUAUUAUAUAGUUUGGAGGAUUUGGCAAAUGCAACAGAUAACUUUCAUUUUGGUAACAAGCUGGGGCAGGGUGGUUUUGGACCAGUAUACAAGAAGGAGAUCAUUUGGUCAUCAAAUGUUUCAAAUCCUGUGGCAAAUUCAAGUGCACAGCUUUUGGAUACCGGGAACCUCAACUUGCGAGACAACUCCAGUGGACAGAUCAUAUGGGAAAGUUUUCAACAUCCUUCAGACUCAUUCUUACAGAAGAUGACAAUUGGUACUGAUGCAAAGACACAAGAGAGUACUUUGCUAACAUCAUGGAAAAGUCCUUCGAAUCCAUCUGUUGGAACCUUCUCCGUUGGAGUUGAGCCUCUGAACAUCCCACAACUUUUUGUUCGGAAUGGUAGCCAUCCAUAUUGGCGUAGUGGUCCUUGGAAUGGUCAGAUUUUUAUUGGAGUUCCAAGCAUGGAUUCUUCAUAUCUCAAUGGAUUUAAUCUUGUAGAUGACAAAGAAGGAACCAUUUCUCUAACCUAUAACUAUCCCAGUGAUCAGUCCUAUUUAUUAUACCUCCACUUGAAUUCCGAAGGAUUGCUACAGCAGAAGAUUUGGUGGUUUGGUGGAAAAGAAGAGUGGGAAGUGGGAUGUUCGGCUAUAGAACAUGAGUGUGAUGUUUAUGGCAAGUGUGGACCAUUUGGAAGCUGUAAUUCACUGGAGUCACCAAUUUGUACCUGUUUAAGGGGAUUUGAGCCGAAGCAUAUGAAUGAAUGGAGUCGAGGAAAUUGGUCUAGUGGAUGCAUAAGAAAGACACCAUUGCGAUAUGGAUUUUUGAAGCUUCAGGCGAUGAAAGUGCCAGACUUUGCGGAGUUGUCAUCUGCUACUAUAGAAGACAAUUGUGGAAGCCUAUGCCUGAAUAAUUGUUACUGUAUAGCUUAUUCAUAUUACACAGGCAUUGGGUGUAUGCAAUGGAGUGGAAGUCUACUGGACAUUCAGAGACUCCCCAGCAGCGGGGUUGAUCUUUACAUUCGAGUGGCAUAUUCAGAGCUUGAUGAAGGAAAAACCAUCAAAGUAAAACUGGCAGUUAUCAUUAGCAGGGUUCCUGCAACAGGAAGGAAGCAAAAACUUGAAGCACAUCCAGAUGAUCCUACUGAAAGUGUGCUUCGAGAAAAUACCCACCCAAUAAAACUUGAAGAGCUGCCAUUAUUUAGUUUUGAGAAUUUGGCAAAAGCAACCGACAACUUUCAUGUUGCUACUAAGCUUGGGCAGGGUGGUUUUGGUCCAGUGUACAAGGUAAUGGUUGUUCAUCCGGGGCUUCAUGGGAUACUGAACCAUAUACAACUGAUUUGA